GCUAUAUAAGGCCCCUCACACACCUUCUCCAGCCUUCUGCUGGGAUCCACCUUCUGCAGGGCAGUCUCUGGGCCAGAGAGAGAAGGCUCGAGGCUCUGCAGCCACAGUUCUCGUCCUCAGGAGGCACAUGUCCAGCACCAUGAAGGGCUUCCUCUUCGCUGGUAUCAUCGUUGUGCUCACGGUUGCAGCUGUAGAAUCCCAGUAUCAUACACUGCACUGUGUACAGUGUAAUUCAUUGAAAGAUGGCUGCGUUGCAAAAAAUGCCACGGAGUGUCCCUCAAAUGCCAACACCAGCUGUACAAGUUUCUCAACCAACUUUUCUCAAGGAGAAAACUCCACAUUGUAUGAGGAUCAUGCCUGCUCUGCAGAGAACUGCAGUGAGACCACGGUCCAGCCUUUCACGGUCUCCGUAUCUGAAAAAGAAAUAUUCCACUUUGAAAGCCAGUGUUGCCUAGGAGAAGCAUGCAAUCAAACCGCUGAUACCACUGUUCCUCCACAGCUCAGAAAUGUAGAGUGCCCUGCAUGUUAUGGAAAUAAUGAAACUUCCUGUAAUGAAACCCGGAAAUGUUUUGGAGAAAGAUGUGUCAGUAUAAUCGCAGAAUUUAUAAAUGAGACGACAACACUCGUGCUGAAAGGUUGCUCCAAUGUCAGCAACUCCACCUGUGAGCUCCUGGGUGUUGCAGAUCAGACGUUCAGAGGAAUUACUUUCCGAAAGUUUGAGUGUGGAGACAUCCGCACACCAACAUCCCCUUCCCCUACCUUGACCACCUCUGACACUGUCGCUCAAGCCUCCUUCACACCCUUGGCCCUUGCCAGCAUCCUCCUGCUAAGGCUGCUGCUCUGAGAUCUGCACCUUCAAACAUUCCCCGCCCCUGUUUAAAUGCUCAGUGAGUAGCAGUAGCAGUCACAGCCAUCCAGGCAAUGUCCUGUGAUAGCCACAUUAUUCUUUAUUAUUAAAGCAUUGGUUCACUCGCUGAUCAAAUCUGUCCUGAUAUGUUCUGGGCUGGGCUUCCUUCAGGCCACUGUCCACCAUCACUUCCCAGCUCCUUGCCUUUGAAAUCCUUGCACCUUCGUGAGUGUUCUCCCAGGACCUCGCUGACCCCUGCCCAGUUUGCUUCUGAGAAGCAGACCCUUCUGCUGUGCUGGCCUCUUUUGCCUACAAUCCCGCACUUCUGGGGACUGACAUGCCACUCUCCCCAUUCUCACACUCAGGGAGGGUCCCAGCCAUAAUGCCCUGUGUUGAUGCCAGUAGUUGUAUUGGCUGUAGUCAGAGAUCACAGUGACAUUGUCUAGAGCCCGGUCACCAUGAGACCCAAAGUGGGUACACAGGGCUUGCUGAAGGCUGGCAGAUUCCCCGCCUAGCCUCCCAGGCAGGGGCAUAAUGCUGUUAGUGCCUUGCUGACCAGGUGUCACGGAACGGAACAUGGCUACAGAGUCCCAGCCCCUCCUCUCGGAGAACCUACAAUCAAUGGCAGAGUCCUCCACUCCAUAGCAGAUACCCAAGGAUCAAGAAAACCAUUUGAUCCAAUAUGUACAGAAGCCCAGAUUUAGUAAAAAAAAAAAAAAAAAAUAAGCUGAGGGGGGGGGGUGCUU